CGGUGGCUGAGCCCAAAAUGAACAUAAGAUUCUCAUUUGCCUAUAGCUCUCUCCUAAAUAAGCGAUAAGAAAAGUUAAAAACAAAAACAGCUGUAAAACUCGAUCGACAAUAAAUACAAGUAGCAGGUGAAAAUGGAAUUUUCGAUUAGAUUGAGCUAAAAAUCCGAACAAGCUAAGGUGAACCCAUAAGCCUCGAUCCAACAUAGUUGUUCAAAUGUGAUACAUAUAAAUUUAGUAACCUAAUCAAAUUACUUAACUGUGUGAAAAUAGAUCAGGAUAAAACUUUGAUUAGAUUAAGUGCCGUGUGAAGGAUCAAAUCAACUGAGAUGAGCCAGGUGAAAUCCGUACUUUGCGUGGGCUGUACGGUGAUUGACUUUGUGACCAUCAGUGGCAGUUAUCCCAAGGAGGACACCGACCGUCGUUGCUUGGAUGGCUUUUGGCAACGUGGCGGAAACGCCUCCAAUGUGAGCACAGUGCUCCGGGUCCUCGGCUCCAAGGUGGACUUCUUUGGAAUGCUGAGCAGAUCGGAUGCAUUUCGAGUGCUGCUCGAGGAUCUGCGAAAGCGGGAGAUCGGCACCAACAAUUGCCCUCUGACGGACAGGGACCCGCCCUUCUCUUCGGUGAUCCUGGCCCAGGACUCCGGCACGCGCACCAUUAUCCACUGCAAUAAGGACUAUCCGCAGACCACUUGGGAGGACUUCAGCAAGAUCGAUCUUUCGCAGUAUGAUUGGGUUCACUUUGAGGCUCGCAACACGCCGCACACUCUAAAAAUGAUGCGGAGCAUCCGGGAUUACAAUGAGAGGACCGGGAGUCACAUCAUUAUCUCGUUGGACUUCGAAACGAGGUACGAACAAAGCAAGGAGCUCUGCCUGCCCUGCGAUUAUGUGGUCUUCUCCAAGGAACUGGCCGGUCAGUUGGGCUGGAAGACAGCGCGGGAAACUUGCGUGGAGCUGGCAGCGAGAAUUCCCGGAAAUGGACCAAAACCCGCAUUCAUAUGUCCUUGGGGCAGUGCCGGAGCUGGAGCCUUGGAUGCCCAUGGGAACUACAGUGAAAUGGCUUCCUAUAAGCAGGAAAAGGUGGUGGACACACUGGGAGCGGGAGACAGCUUCAUGGGGGCAUUCAUUCACGCCACUCUCGAACAUCGAAAAAGUCUGGCGGAAGCUGUAGACUUUGCCAACCGAGUUGCCAGCCACAAAAUCACUGGAUAUGGCUACGAUCACAUUGCUCAACUUAGCCUUAGGUAAAACUAGUGAAUUACAGGAUAUAACUUAGCAUGACAUAGCUCGCUUAAGUCUCUUCAAAAGAAUUUAUUACAUUAAAAUGUCCUGACAAUAAUGUUAAUAUUUAAAAAUGCUAAGCACUUGUGCAUCGUUGAAAUAAAUAAUACUAAAAAUCAG